ACUUUGUAGAUAAAUUAAUCAAUUUUUUCAAUAGCGAUAAUUAAUAAUCAAAUUAAUUGUGAAAAAAUAAUCAAAAAUAUCAAUAAACAAUGACAAUCGAAGAACAUUUCAAUUUUCGUAUUCCGGAUCGCUUAGAAGAGCUUGAAGAUGAAGAAAAUUUUUCCAAUUUUUAUACAGUCAAUCGAACGAUUGUACGAAAACCAGCCGAAUUAUCAUCACGAAUGGUUGAAGCUGAACGUCGUUUCAAAAAUCAAGGACCAAAUUUUAUACUCGAAACAUUUGAUUAUUUUUAUUUUGUUAUAAAAUUUUACAAAGAUGUUGAUAUCGAAGUCCGUUAUCAAGCAUGGACAUUACUUAAUCGUUCAAUGUUUGCUUUACAUGGUCAAUUGAAUCGAUUUAUAAAUGAAAAUUUUAAUCUUGAUCAACGACGACAACAACAAAAUAAACUUCAAAUGAUUGUCUAUGCUUUUGUUCUACUGAGUGAUUUAUUUGAAAAUGAUGAUAGCAGUAUUUCGACGACAAACAACAACAAUAUUAAUAAUAAAGAUUCGAAUGGUAAUAAUAAUCGUAAAAAGAAAAAUAAAUCAUCACAAAAAUAUGAUGAUUCAAAACAUCAAGCCAUAUCAACAAUGUUACAGAUAUUUUCCCUACGUUUAGAUCGUGUAUUUGAAACAUCACAUUUUCUGAAUAAUUUUAUCAACAUAACAUUACGUUGGAUUUAUAAGAUUAUUGAAAAUAAUCCAAAUCGUACACGAUCAUCAAUAUAUUUUCAUAAUAUUUGUGAAUUGAUUACCGUAGCUUUGGAACGUUAUCAACAUUCAAUAAAUUAUUGCAUGAAAAUUAUUGAAAUUCUACAGAAUAAAGAAAAUUCGGCUGCCAUUUUAUCGGAUCUAGUCGCACAUAAUAUAAAACGUUUACCGCAUUUAUUACUGUUACAUGAUAUAAUUGAUCAGAUAAAAUCAAUGGAUAUAAAUUUAUUAUCCAGAGAUAUUUCCGCUCCGAAAACAUUGGCAACAUUUUUAAUUGAAUUAGGUCGGAAAUGUACCGAUAUAAUGUUUAAACAUGUAUCGGAUUUAUUUGAAUUUCUUGAACAAGAUUCAUAUCCAAUACGUAAUGCUACGUUGGAAAUUAUUGCCACCAUUAUUAUCAAUAAAUUCUGUUCACCAACAAUAUUUAAAGAUGUUCAUAUCAAAAAUAAAUUAUUGGAUAAAUUGGAAGAACAUAUACACGAUAUUGCUGGAUUUACACGUGGUCGUGUGCUACAAUUAUGGAGUCAAUUAGCUGAACAUGGUGCCAUACCUAUUGAACGUUUAUUAUCCGUAAUUGAUUUGAUUAUCGGUCGUUUGGAUGAUAAAUCAUGUUAUGUAAGAAAAUAUGCUAUUCAUUUUUUGACGAUAAUAUUGAAAGAUAAUACAUUCAAUAUGAUGAAUAAAAAAGAUAUGCAAAAAUUAAUGGAAAAAACGCAGAUAUUAAGUGAUCAAUUUAAAGAACAAUUAAUUCAAUUGAUUGAACAACAAGAAAAAGCAACAGCAAAUAAUAUUGAUGAUACAUCGGGCGAUAGUAGUACAAUUCAUAAUGAGGAUGAUGAUACUAUUGAAACAAACAGUGGUGAUGGUGAUGAACCACAAAUACAAACACAAAAAGAAAGUCGUAAACGAAAAAGCGAAGAAUAUGCAAAAUUAUUUUCAAAAAAACCUAAACAAGAUCUAAGUUUGAUUGAAGCAUUGGCUGCCGAUUGGGUCAAAUUGGAAAAACCGUUGCAAAAUUUUUGGAAACUUCACGGUAAACAGAUGAAAGAAAAAUUGAAAAAUAUUGAAUUUCCUGACGAUCUUCCACAAGAUGAUCUGGAUAAAGGUUUUGAAUAUUUUCGUAACCAGUUCAAAGAAUCUCGAUUUGAAGAUGCAUUUAUUUCACUUUUUUCAUUGAAAUCAUUAUAUCCAAAUGAACCAAUAUUUCAAUUAAAAUCAACAGAUUUUCAAUAUGAUAGCGAUGAUGAUGAUGCCAGUGGAAAUGUUGGUGGCUUUUCCAAUGAUAAUGACGAUAUUGAUGAUGAUGAUGGUGGUGUUGGUGGUGGUGGUGAAGAUGAUACAAAUAACGUAAUUUUCAAUGAAGCUGAUGGUAUAUUUUUAAGUGCUAUGACAAAUUUUAAAACAAAUCUAAAAAUCAAACUACCUUAUGAACUUACAAUGGCUAAACAAGUAUUCCUUGCACCAUUAAUUGAUUUUGGUAAUUUAAAUCUGGAUCAAGAUAAUCAAAAUAAUAAUACAACUGGUAGUCAAAAACAAAUGAUUGAAAAGAUAUUAAGCGAUGAAACUGGUGAUUUAAUAACGGCAACUGAAAAUGCUAUUACAAUUUCAUCGGAAACAUUUGAACGUGCAUUGAAUAAAGUUAAACAAUAUGAAGCGCUAAUUGAUCGAUUGAAAUUGGCAAUUCAGAUAACUAAUUCUAUUUCAAAAUCAAUACCAACCAUAUGUAUUCUGCUUAAUUCACGUAAUAAUAGUGAUAUUCAAGAAGCUAUAAAUUUUUUUACCUAUGCAUAUCGUAUGGAAAUUGAUAAUGCUUUGUUUGGCAUACAACAAAUGCUAAAAUUGAUUUUUAGUCGUGAAAAACCAGUACGUGAUGCAUUGAUGGAAGCAUUCGGUGAAAUUUAUCUAAAUCAAUCGGCGGAUAAUGGUGGUGCUGAAAAAUUAACAAAAAAUCAACAACAAGAUUGUCCGGCAAAUAAAGCUUUACAUUAUUUGGAGGUGAAAAAUUUAUCCAAUAUGAUUUUGAAAUUAAAUCAAGGUGAACUGAUUUGUGCCGAAGCAAUAAUCAAAGAACUUUAUGCUGCACAAAAAUUUAAUCAAAUACAUUUGCAAAUUUUAUGGGAACGUUAUGCUAAAAAAUAUUCAAGAAUUACUGAUGAUGAUAGUCGUGCUGCAUUGAUCAUCAUCGGAAUGUUAGCAUCAGCUCAACCAUCAUUAAUACGUAAUGAAUCAAAUUUGAAUAAUAUUAUAUCGAUUAGUUUGGAACCACCACAUUGUUUGGAUCAUCGUUUUGUAUCCGAUACAUGUGAAGUAUUGUUAAAAGCAUUUCGUUUGCCACAAAUUGAUUUAAUGGAAAGAUUUUUUAAAUUACCUACGGAUCAUUUACUUUUCAUGCGUCUUCGUUCAAUAAUUGCCGAUAGUAUUACAGAAAUUGAUAGUAAAUAUUGGCUACGUAUGUCAUCGGUUAUCAUUAAAGUAACAUAUUUUUUAGCCGAUAAACCAGAUUUGAUUAUUUCACAAAUGAUACAAGAUUGUUACCGAAAUAUUAUGAAUAAAUCAAAAUUUCAAUCGGAUCAAAAUACACCAAAAGAUUCAGUGAAUAAUGAUGUGGAAAAUUUAUCCUCAGCUUUAAUUUCAUCACAAAAUAAUAAUUCUGCAACCAUGAUUGGUCAUGUUGAUGAUAUAAUGAUUUCACGUUUCAUAUCAAUAUUGGGUGAUGUUGCUAUCAAUAUAUUGAUACAUUUAGAUUUACAUCUUUCAAAAGAAUUAAAGAUUCGUCAAUAUAUUAAAGAAAAAGAAAAAACAUCUAAAGCUGCCAAUGUUUUGUUGGCUAAACAAAAAAAGGCUGGCAAAAAUAGCCGAUCUAGUUCGAGAAAUGAAACCAUUCGAAAUAGCGUGGCUUCGAAUUCAAUUUUUAUGGAUGAUGAUGAUGAAGAAACAAUGGAUGAUGAUAUGAUUGGACCAAUCAAUGAUGAUCCAUAUCAGGAAAAUAUCUUUAAAAUUUGUAAUGAAUCAGUAUUAUUUGAUAAAGGUAUAUUGAAAAAAUUUAUUCCACUUAUCGAAAGAAUUUCGACCGAUUAUGAAGGAAAUUGUUAUUCAUAUUGUCUUCGACAAUCAGCUAGUUUAACAUUGGCAAAAUUUAUGGCAUUAUCAUUGAAUUAUACACGUAAAAAUCGUGCCAUAUUAGCUGAUAUUUUGGAAAAAUCUAAAGAUAGUAUUAUACGUUCGAAUGCAAUCAUAUCGUUUGGUGAUCUAUUGGUACGUUUCCCAAAUGAAAUGGAACAUUUUACUGGAAAAAUAUUUGGCUGUUUAAUGGAUGAUAAUUUUCUGGUGAAAAAUAAUGCAUUGAUUGUAUUGACCAGAUUGAUUUUAGCCGAUAUGAUUAAACCAAAAGGUCAUAUAAGUAAAAUUGCUCAAUUAGUAACCGAUGAUCAUUUAUCGAUUUCAUCAUCAGCAAGAUUAUUUUUUACCGAAUUAGGCAAAAAGAACAAUGUAUAUAUUUAUAAUUAUUUGCCCGAUAUAAUCAGUAAUCUUUCAGGCCAAAAUGGUAUGAAUGAAACAAAAUUUCAAGAUAUGAUAAAAUUUUUGUUUGAAUUAUUGGAAAAAACACGUAACACUGAAUCAUUGGUUGCUAAACUUUGUCAUCGUUUUAGUAACACUACUGAUGAACGUACAUGGCGAGAUUUAUCAUAUUGUCUUAGUUUACUUCAUUAUAAUGAUAGAGCUAUGAUCAAUUUGAUGAAUAAUUUUUCAUGUUUUGCCAAUAGCCUCUAUUGUAACAUAAUAUUCGAUAAUUUUAUGACCAUUUUGAAUAAUACCAGAAAAGGUGGUUCAAUCAAAUCGGAAUCGAAAAUAAUGUUGGAUGAAAUGGAAUCACGAAUAAAAGAAAUUCGAUCAAAAGCCAAAUCAAAUGAUGAACAAAAUAGUAAUGCUGUUGUUGAAGAAAAUGAUGGUCAAGAUGAAAACGAUAACGCUGCUAAUAACAAACAAAAUGUUACUGUUACAGAAUCCGAUAUUCAACAACCAGUAAAACGUACACGAACUGCAGCAAAAAAAUCAUCAAAUCGUUUAAACAAUACUUUAACAACAACAACAACAACAACAGCUAAUAAAAGAAGAACCAAAUCUUCAAUGGCCGCUCAACAAGUUAUUGAAGCUGAACAAACUAAUUUACGACAAUCAAAACGAACACGUCGACGAAUAAUCUAUCAAGCAGAUAGUAGUGAUGAUGAUGAAAAAGAUAAUGAUAACCAAUUUGAAUUUAAUGAAUAAUAAUUGAUAAAUAACUUUCA